AUGAAAGCGCAGGUGGAUGUGGUCUGCUGUAAAUCAGUAGGAACUGAUCUGUCCAUGCUGGAUAUUGAGGAUUUCAUCACAGAAAUCUGUCAGCUGAAGAAAGAGGUGGCUUCACUGGAGGCAAAGCUGAGAGAAAGAGGAGACAAACUGAACAGAGAGGAUGUGGAGCAGGUUUGGGUGCGUGAGACUGAUGGGACAGAAGCUCAGGAUUCAGUCUGGAGCGUCAGAGAUCAGAGAUCCAGAGACACACAGGACUCAGAGCUCAGCCUCACUUUACUCUGUUAUACUGACGCUCAGGAUCAUGAAUCCACUGAUCAAACCUCUGACUGUAACGCUGGAGAACAGCAGAUGCUGCAGACGCCGCUGAAGAUGUGCUCCGUCAAACUGAUGUUGAUCAUGAAAGCGCAGGUGGAUGUGGUCUGCUGUAAAUCAGUAGGAACUGAUCUGUCCAUGCUGGAUAUUGAGGAUUUCAUCACAGAAAUCUGUCAGCUGAAGAAAGAGGUGGCUUCACUGGAGGCAAAGCUGAGAGAAAGAGGAGACAAACUGAACAGAGAGGAUGUGGAGCAGGUUUGGGUGCGUGAGACUGAUGGGACAGAAGCUCAGGAUUCAGUCUGGAGCGUCAGAGAUCAGAGAUCCAGAGACACACAGGACUCAGAGCUCAGCCUCACUUUACUCUGUUAUACUGACGCUCAGGAUCAUGAAUCCACUGAUCAAACCUCUGACUGUAACGCUGGAGAACAGCAGAUGCUGCAGACGCCGCUGAAGAUAUAUAUUACUGAUUGUGUUUGUCAGGAUGUGGAGCAGGUUUGGGUGCGUGAGACUGAUGGGACAGAAGCUCAGGAUUCAGUCUGGAGUGUCAGAGAUCAGAGAUCCAGAGACACACAGGACUCAGAGCUCAGCCUCACUUUACUCUGUUAUACUGACGCUCAGGAUCAUGAAUCCACUGAUCAAACCUCUGACUGUAACGCUGGAGAACAGCAGAUGCUGCAGACGCCGCUGAAGAUGUGCUCCGUCAAACUGGUGGACUGCAGAAACCUGAUCGAGAGCAGAGGAGAAGAAACCACCACAGAGAAACAACAACAACACACUGAUGAGGAAGAGGAGGAGGAGGAUGAUGAGAAUAAUGGGGAUGGUGAUGAUGAAGAUGAAGAUUUCAUUCCUCCAGAUGUCAAUGGUGGCUCAUCUUCUGAUGAAGAUGAAGAAACACUCUCAACUUCAAAAGAGCAGCUGACGGCCAAGAGUUUCUCCUGCAGCACCUGUGGAAAAACAAUGAGUUCAGAGAGUAAUUUAAAGAGACACGAGAGAACACACACAGAACAGAAAGACUUCAGCUGUAAGAUAUGCAACAUCAGCUUUCCUACCGCAGAAGAGAGGAGACUUCAUUCAAAAGAGCACAGUGGGAAGAAGGAGUUUCACUGUGAACAGUGCGGGAAGGUUUUUUUCAAUCAUUCUAGUCUAAAAGUUCACUUAAAGACUCACGGUGAAAAGUCUUUCCACUGCAGUGAAUGUGACAAGUAUUUCAGCAAUAAAGGAAAUCUUGAUGUUCAUAAGCGAAUCCACACAGGAGAAAGACCAUACAAGUGUCCUCACUGCGAGAAAAGAUUCAGUUAUGGAUCUCUUUACAAGAGACAUGUGCGUUUACACACUAAUGAGAGACCGUAUCAGUGCAGUGAAUGUGGGAAAACAUUCACAAACUCAAGCUCUCUAAAGUCACACCAGAAAAUCCAUUCUGAUGAGAAACCGUAUCAGUGCAAACACUGCGACAAACGAUUCCGUCAGAUUGCUAAUCUGAAUUGUCACGAGAGGAUUCACACCGGAGAGAAACCGUAUCUGUGCGCCCACUGCGGGAAGAGUUUUUCUGAUCCAACUCAUUUCAGGGAACAUAAGCGAAUCCACACUGGGGAAAACCCAUAUCACUGCAGCAUCUGUGGGAAGAGUUUCAAGCAAAACACUAACUUAAUAAAGCAUCAGAGGAUUCAUACUGGAGAAAGACAGUUUAAAUGCUCACAGUGUGAAAAGACGUUUGCUCGAUCAGACGUCCUCAAGGUCCAUCAGCGAGUUCAUACAGGAGAGAAACCUUACUCCUGCUCCAUCUGCGGUGAGAGAUUUGGUUAUUUGGGUAGUUUUCAGACCCACCAGAACAAACACACUAAAGAACAAACUGCUCCAGAAUCAUCAGAGUGACUUUUCAUGUCUUGGUCUGCCAGUAAAGGCUUUAUUUUUGCAGUUGGUUUCAUCAUUCAUGCCAUGUAAUACAUUGGGAAGGUUACUUUGGAAAUGUAGUAGGUUAAUAAUUUCUUUAAUAAAGUAAUGUAACUAAUUA